AUGAGCACCCAGACGCAAACGGAGACAAUCGUGCUACGGACAAGAGCUUCCACCGAAGCGAUUCCAGUUGAGCAUGAAUCAUUAGACUCGAGCCCCCCGGAGCUAAAAUGGAUGUAUGCCAAAAUCCUCAGCGCAGGCUUAUCAUUUUUCGUCGCGGGGGUCAACGACGGAAGUCUAGGAUCGCUCAUUCCCUAUGUGAUACGCACCUAUGACAUCGGCACAAACAUGGUGGCCGUCCUAUAUGGUACAACCUUCUUCGGCUGGCUAAUCGCCGCCCUAACCAACGGCAAAAUAGUCCAAUACCUAGACCUAGGCCUAAUCCUAUGCCUAGGCGCCGCCAUCCAAGUCUUAUCCCAAGUGCUGCGUGUCUGGGAACCCCCAUUCGCACUAUAUGCGAUAACAUUCUGCCUCGCCAGCUUAGGCCAAGCCUACAACGAUACUCACGCCAACACCUUCAUCUCAGGGCUGAACGGCGCGCACCGAUGGCUCGGCUUUAUCCACGCUAUGUACGCGGGCGGGUGUCUAGUUGGCCCGUUUGUAGCGACUGGUGUAGCGUCAGCAAAUAUCGAUUCGAAGUGGUAUCUGUUUUAUCUUUUCCCGCUUGGUGUGGGGGUGGCGAAUCUUGCGCUUGUGGGUGUUUCGUUCCGGGACCGUAUGGCUACUCCGACUAUUUUGAGGGGAGAGAGGGAAGGAAGAACUGCGUCUGCGCUUAAGGAGAUUAAGGAUACACUUUCUACGCCCGGGGUUUGGCUGUUGAGUUUGUUUUUCUUUUUCUUUCUUGGUGCUACUAUCACUGCUGGAGGCUGGAUGGUCGAGUACCUUGUCAAUGUCCGCAACGGCGAUGUCAAAUCAAUGGGUUAUGUCCCAGCCGGCUUCUAUGGUGGAUCGUUUCUAGGACGUCUUCUCCUCGCCGAGCCUACGCAUAGAUUUGGCGAGCGCAGGAUGAUCUUUAUUUAUGCUGUGCUGUGUGUAGGGUUGCAGUUGGUAUUCUGGCUUGUCCCGAAUAUCAUCACUGAGGCAGUAGCAGUCAGUUUAUUGGGAUUCUUCUCUGGUCCUUUCUUCGCAACAGGUAUAUCGGUCGGCUCAAAAAUCUUCUCACCGGAAAUCCGCUCUUCGGCAAUCGCAUUCGUUUUUGUACUCGGUCAAAUUGGUGGAUCUAUCUUUCCCGCACUGACGGGUAUCAUCGCGGGACAGGUUGGAGUCCAGGUUCUACAGCCCAUGCUUGUUGGUUUGCUCGGUGCUGCUGGUGUGAGCUGGUUGAUCUUGCCUAAGGAUACUGCGUUACAUCAAGAUUGA